GUACGCUCUUAUCGUAAUCUUCGGGAGGAGAACCAGAAGAAGACCCACAAACGAAAGAGGAAGGAGAUCGAAGUCGAGUCAGGGGAAAUUUCCGAGCUCCCCUCAUGUAUCCCACCAUCCCGGAGUCCUAUGUCAAGCCACAGACCCCGCAACCGGGGCCGUUCCCGCAGCACCCGGCCGGAUUGAUACCGGUGGUUGUCGGCCCUCCUCCUGUGCAGCCGAUGCCCAUCCGCUCCCAGACGCCGAUUCCAUGGACGACUGGCCUCUGCGAUUGCUGCGACGACUGCAACAAUUGUUGUUUGGGGUGCAUCUGCCCCUGCGUGGUCUUCGGGCAGAUAGCAGAGAUUGUGGAUAAAGGGUCAAGCUCGUGUGCCACAAGUGGGGCUCUGUACUCGCUGAUCAACUGCUUUAUGGGGAUGGGGUGCCUCUACUCCUGCUUCUACCGAUCCAAGAUGAGGGCUCAUUUCAACCUGGAGGAGUCGCCAUGCCCCGACUGGAUCGUCCACUGCUGCUGCGAGUCAUGCGCCCUCUGCCAAGAAUACAGAGAGCUCAAGAACAGAGGCUUCGACCUGGAGAUAGGUUGGCAAGGGAAUCUGGAGAAGCAAAAUAGCGGAAUCACCAUGCCUCCAUCCAUGGCCGUGCCGAUGCAUCGCUAGAGUGCUUUUUUCUCGCCGUCGUGUCCAGAUUCUUCACCGGCCGCCAUCUUUGAUUUUUCUUUUGUUUUUUUUUGGGUUGGUUGAACGUUUUUGCUUGUUCUUUUACUCAUCCUGUCAGUCUCAUCAUUUCUGUAUGAUAACAAGUUGCCAUUCGUGACCAAAUUGGCGCGGAGGCAGAAGUGCGUUCAGAGUCCUUUACCCACCAAUCUCCCCGCCGCUUCUGUAAAAACCGGGAAGAUGUUAUGCCCAUCCGUUUGCUCUAAUUAAAAGUUGGAAUCUGAAUGUUUGAAUAUUGAAUCAA